CGUUCCCCGCGAGGCUUUGAGAGUGAGCUGGCGGGAGCGGCGGCCAUGGCAGCGCCGGAAGAUAGAGGAUCGCAGGUUGCUGCGUGGUUGAAAAAAAUAUUUGGAGACCAUCCCAUUCCACCAUAUGAGGUGAACCCACGGACGACAGAAAUUUUAUAUCACCUUUCAGAACGCAACAGGGUUCGGGACAGGGACAUCCACCUGGUAAUAGAGGACUUAAAACAGAAAGCCAGUGAAUAUGAAUCAGAAGCCAAACGUCUUCAAGACUUCCUCAUGGAGAGUGUGAAUUUUUCCCCCGCUAAUCUGUCUAACACUGGUUCCAGGUUUCUGAAUGCAUUGGUCGACAGUGCAGUAGCCCUGGAAACGAAGGAUACUUCAAUAGCAAGUUUUAUCCCUGCAGUGAAUGAUUUGACCUCUGACCUUUUCCGUACCAAAUCCAAAAGUGAAGAAAUCAAGCUUGAAUUGGGAAAACUUGAAAAGAGUCUGACUGCAACAUUAGUGUUAGAAAAACGUCUACGAGAAGAUGUCAAGAAGGCAGAGCUGCAUCUGUCUGCAGAAAGGACCAAAGUUGACAGUCGUCUUCAGAACAUGGACUUCCUGAAGGCAAAGGCAGCGGAGUUCAGGUUUGGAAUCAAAGCUGCAGAGGAGCAGCUUUCAGCCAGAGGCAUGGAUGCGUCUCUGUCUCACCGGUCACUAGUGGCACUUUCAGAGAAACUAUUGGAACUAAAACAACAGACUAUACCUCUGAAGAAGAAAUUGGAGUCCUAUUUAGAUUUAAUGCCGAAUCCAUCUCUUGCUCAAGUGAAAAUUGAAGAGGCAAAGAGAGAAUUAGAUGCCAUUGAAGCUGAACUUACAAAGAAAGUAGAAAUGAUGGAACUGUGACUACAGCCAAGUAGACAUCCUUUUCCCAAGAAGUAAAUGACUGUUCUUAGUGAAGAUAAUAAUAUCAUAUUGAUAAAAUAACAGUUUUUGGUCAUGCAUUUAUAUUUUUGGCCUAAAUACAGUUUUCAUAUGAAAAAACA